AUGGAAAAGGCGUAUGACUGCCUAGAAUGGGGCUUUAUUGGGAAAGUCCUCCACUGUUUUGGGUUCCCUGAUACUUGGAUACAAUGGGUUAUGCUUAUUUCUACAACAUCCUUCUCCAUCCUUAUAAAUGGAAGUCCGUUUGGGUUCAUUAGGCCUCAAAGAGGGGUGAGGCAAGAUGAUCUUUUUAUUUUUGCUCAAGUUAAUGAGGAAAAUUUAGAAAGGAUAAAAUAUUGCCUGGAUGCUUUUUCAAGCUGGUUGGGGCAAAUGAUAAACUUCUUUAAAUCGGUUAUAAUUUAUAGUAGAAAUACUCCUCAUUAUCUGAAAUCUUCGCUAGCAAAUUCUAUUGGAAUUAAUGCUUCAAAUAAGAAGGAGAAAUAUCUUGGUAUUCCAAUAGCCUCUAGCAGAGACAAAAAAGCAGCAACUGAAGAGAUUAUUGAGAAGGUUAAGCCAAGGCUGCAAGGGUGGAAAAUGAAAACACUCUCUCAAGUUGGUCGAGUGACACUCAUCUCAUAUGUGGCUUCUUCCAUUCCAUUUACCAAGCAUCAUCCCUAA